ACGGUUCCUCCGACAUCUUUUCUUCAUCUUUUACGGAGUACCAUUGUCCUGAUCACUCGCCCGCCCAUGGGCUCGAUACAAUGUCCGAAUGGAAGUGGUUCCCCCCGGUCAAGACCGACUGGUCGCUGGACGUGGUCAAUCUCCUCGUCGUCAUAGGCGAGACCUCCAUCAUUGAGCAUGCGCAACCCAUCACAGCGUCGCUGCUCUGCGUGCUGCCACGCAUCAUACCGGCGCCGCAGGUCUUCCUCAAGCCCGUCCGCCCAGGUCGCAUGCCCGACACGGCAGCCAAGAUGACGGGCGUGUACAGCGGGACGACGCUGGACUCUGUCGGCUUCUUUGCCAACAUCAUCACGCCCCUGGAUGAGAUGCCCGCGCUGGGCUUCCGAGUCGUCGAGGUGCGACAUUCGGACAAGUGUCGCCUUGAGGAGCAUGCUCCGGUGGAGAAGACGUGGUGGGUGAAGCUGCUGGGGUCCAUGGCAGCCAAGUCCAAGAAAGCAGAGCUCGAGAUGAAAAGACGGAGCGAGGAGCUGAAAAGGGCUUCUCCGCAGGCGGACGAGGAGACCGGCCGGACGACCGCGCGUGAGACGCAGCAGCCAACCUCGACGAUCAAGAAACGACACAGAUCGACGCGCCAGACUCUCCAGGACCUCCUCACCAACCCUUCCAUGGCUUACUCUGGGCAGCGACCCGCCGUACCUGUCCAUAUCUUCUCGCCUAUUCACAUCCUAGGGAUCAUCUCGUUCUUCAACUCCAUUGCCAUCAUCGUCUGUGCCGUCAUCUGGGAGGACGGCAACGCCAUCCUCGCCGUCGGAGGCGUCUCGCUCAUGUCUUCGGUGGUCGGGUUCGCCUCCUUCUGGCGACCCCUCCUGAUGAGCCGAAAACACGACAAUGAGGUUCCAGACGGCGAUGUCAUGAUUCGGACGCGAGAAGGCGCCUUUGUCCUCGUCAAGUGCACCGAGGACGUCGCAAGAGAGCUGUACAGCGGAACGGAAGAGUGCGAGUACUACGUCAAUGGGAGGAUCUACCGUCUCCUGAUGGUAAUCGGCACCGUGCUGCUCAUGUUGUCGGUUGUCCUGCUGGGCAACUGCACAUGGAACUCGCAAGUCUUCAUCGGCGCAUCGUACAUUGUGCUCAACGGACUGUACUGGGCCCUGGGCAUGCUGCCGCGGUCAUACUUUUGGGAUCUGUCUCGCUAUGAGUGGAGGGAUGCGACCCCCUACGACGCUGAGCAGCCGGGCGACGACCAAGACAGGAGCUACACGAGAACCUUGUGGUAUGCCAUUCGUGAGACGAGAGGCAAGACAGGCUGGGUGAGAGUCAGCGGAGCCGCCCCAAGUACGGACAAAUGGAAGCGAUGGGUCAAGGAAGCCGGUCGCAACGCAAAGAUGGGCUUGCGAGACUGGGAUGCUGUGAGGAGAAAGGACGAGAUUAUGAGGGCUGCUUCGGAUGACGAUGAUGACGAUGAGGCACUGGAAUGCGCUCCCUUCUCCCAGAUCACCCGAAACGACCAGAACAGGCUGUCGGUAUCCAUGUUCUGAUACCAGACGCCUUCUACGACUAAUGAUACCAUGAUUAUGUGCGAUCAAA